AUGCCGCGCAAGAAAACUAAAUCAACUAGACAGGCGGACACGAGCACAGCUGAGCAGGCCAUGGAGUUCUUUCUGUCCUCGAUUCGCGACCCGCACAAGGUCACGCAUUGUGGAAGAUGCCUCUGCGGUGCAUUGCUCACGGCUGUAGCUGCGGAACCAGACCGACCAAUAGACACCCCAGAGAAAUUACCUGCGUCUAUCAGGAAAAACCUCGAAUUUUGGAAUUUGCUGCUCUCAUUUUUCGUUACCCCGAGAACGGACGAAGAGAUCGACUGUCUACUCACCGCAUUCUCAGAAUGUCGUUGCCAGCUCACAGAAAGCGGUAUCCACAUAUAUCAUGAAAAGGGCGAAAAGGCAGAAGAAGGGUCGAUGAAUAGGACAUGGAUGGAACACUAUGCGCCUCCAGAGGCGAGGGCAAAGUAUUCCGCAGUGCGAUGUACAUUCGUUGUUCAAGGCUUUGCCAUCCUCUGUGCAGGUCUGCACGACGGCGGCAUCGAACCCGUAGCAAAAGGCGUUACGCAUACAUGGCCCAGCACCCCACUGGACCUCGUUCCAUUUGGCGCAGACGAGCUGGUGCAAACCAUGCUGCAGUGGUAUCGUCUCGUACCCGAUCCCAUCGUCAUCCAGCUCACCACCCGCAUCCUCCACACAACUCGUUUCGUUCUCAUCCCCAGCCUUUACAAAUAUCGGUUCGCGCAUACAUUUGUCGAUAUUGUACGAAACAUCCUCGAUCUCACUGUCGCAGAGCUGGCCAAGCCGGAGCCGACAUCUGAAGAUGUAAAGGCCAACCGUAUGCGCUACAACCACCUUCUUCGAGGGUUGCUCGAUUUCCUACACGAAGUCGUCGACGAGCUACCCCAAGACAGCAUCUCUGAUGUCAUAUUCGGCUGCGAGACGAAGAUUAUGCAGCUGUGCUCGAUGAUUGUCUAUCUUUCCUCCGACUUGCGAUUACGGGCCAGUGAAAUUCUUAAAGAAGAGACCGUCACCCUCUUCGCAGCCUAUGGCCAGACCCUCUUCCGAUUCUUCCACAUUCAUAUGUACCCGCGACCGAACAUCCCCCUCCACCCCGACAUCGUGAAACUCGACAACUUCAAAUUCCCUCCCCCGACGUCCGUGCGAACUGUCCCAAAGUAUGUCAUCUGCGACAUUGCCUACUUCCACAACGAGACGCGGUGCUCAGCGUGCAAGUGCCCCAACUCCAUUCAAAGCGCGGGCAAGAACUUUCAGAGGUGCAGCCGGUGCCACGCCGUGUCGUACUGCGGCCGCCAGUGCCAGACCGUCGCCUGGCGCGACGAGAAGUUCCCGCACAAGCGUAUCUGCCGUGCGAUUCGAUUCUUGAUUGACGCGGCUGGUGGACCAGGGUACUUCUGGCAUAUCCCGAACGCGCCUCAGGCUGCGUUCUUGUCAAUGAUACCGGGUGUUCAAGUUGAGCCAUUCCUCGCGUUCGAGUCGUUUAUACUGGAAAAUUGGAGGAAGGCGGGCAUCACAGAGGACCAUGAAGAUUUGAACUAUGUCUAUGAUUGGUCCAGGAGCAUUGCUGCGACGCGGAAUAUGCCUGAUGGCUCGAAGUGGACGCCAGGGUUUCCGGACUAUGAAGAAGCUCUUUCAAAGCUGACUGUUCCUCUUGGACGAGGUCCUCGACGUAAGCAUUUCCCUUCCCGUUGA